UCAAAUCUGAUGGGAGAAUAUGCAAGGAGUUCUAGUUGCUUCGAGCCCAGCUGCCUCUAUGCCAUGGAGAUGGAUUACGGGUUGGAUUUCAUGACGAGCCAAUUCGAGGAGUGCACGAUGGAGAUCUCAAGCCUUGGCUUAAUGAGCUGCUUCGACCAAGAUUACUUGUCCAACUACUCGUCUUCUCCGGAUCACCUGCUCACUUCGCCUUUGUUGCCGCAGCCCCUGCCGUCCUCCGCUGCUCCUGAGCUGAGCCAGGGGGGAGGAAGGAAACGGCGAAGCCUGGAGCAGGGAGAGUUUGGAUUGACUACUGACAUAAAGAUCAAAAAUAGCUCGGGGAACGGGAAGAGGGCGAGAGGCAACUCGAAGGAAGCAGGGAAGUCCAAAGAGGUGGUUCAUGUGAGGGCGAGAAGAGGCCAAGCCACUGACAGCCACAGCCUUGCUGAAAGAAGCAGAAGAGAGAGGAUCAAUGAAAGAAUGCGUUGCUUACAAGACCUUGUUCCCGGCUGUUACAAGGUAAUUGUUGAGUGCGUAUAUAUAUAUAAUUAUGGUUCCAUCAAUCAUAAGUUUCUAAACCAGUGGCCAUGGUUGUUUUAG